CGAUUAUUAUUCUCUCCUUGGAUCCCCUGACCUGUAUCUCGCUUACCUACCCGUUCCUGGACCCUUGAAACCGCUCAGGGACCGUCAACAGGGCCGGGCAAGAAGAAAAAGUGGACUCAAAUUGGGCACCCAUGGCAUUUCGGCGGUUUUCCGCUCGCUGGGCGGCGGUUGGGUGGAACGGGAAGACGUUGAAGAGCAGGCUCCCCUCUCUGCGUCUUCCAUCUGAAAUUUGUCUCGCCCACGGCCUGAAUGUCUUAGCUGUCAAACGGCUUCUCGUUCAUGGCCGACUACUUUUCGAAUCCCCCGCCAGGCUUGGACCUGAAUGAGUCGCGCACUGCUUCGAACAAUGCCAUUGGCAUCGUCCUUUUCGUUCUUUCCGCGGUUUUCGUGGGGUUGCGGCUCCUCACGCGGCUGAAGUACCAGCAGGCGAAACUCGGAUUAGAUGACUGGCUCAUGAACCUCGGGCUUGCCCUCAAUGCUGGGAAUCUAGCCUGCUGUAUAGCGGGCGGGUUCUAUGGCCUUGGAAAACACAUAUACACCCUAGGUCCCUACGAAAUGCGAAAGAUUACAAUCAUCACAUUCGCAUAUGUCUUUAUUUAUGCAUGGAGCGUGUGCAUCAUCAAGUACAGCAUUAUCGCCCUCUAUAGACGCAUCUUUGGCAUGUCAUGGCUGGGAUGGUGGUGCGUCUUCUUGACCACUGGCUAUCUUAUCACCAACCACAUCGUACUGCCACUGUACACCAAACCCCUAUCGUAUUACUGGAACCAAUGGUACGGCGCUGAGGGCGUUGUCCAGGUGGACGAAGCAAAGUUCUACCUGGGCGUCGGCAUCAUCAACCUCUUCGGCGACAUCUGCAUCCUCACCGUCCCCGUAACGCAUGUCCUCAAACUCCAAAUGGAAAUCACGCAGAAGAUCGCCGUCCUCUUCAUGUUCCUGCUCGGUAGUUUUGUCUGCUUCGCCUCCCUGUACCGCAUCAUCACCAUCGUCCACCUCACCCAAACCACCGACAUCAGCUACGCAAAGAGCGACGUCUUCAUCUGGUCCUCCGUCGAGCCCUCCAUAGGCAUCAUCUCGGGCUGCCUGCCCACCCUCCGCCCACUACUCAUGCACAUCCUCGAAGCCGUGUUUGGCUACGUUCCCGCAAGCGCGCAUGCCUCCAGCGAAGGUUCCAGCCCUCUCGAGACCAUCUCCAAGAAACGCACGCGCAAGAUCAACAAGCGCGACGUGCUCGACGAGACGCAGUUCACGCAGCUUGGCGACGAUGCAGAUACUGACGGCAGUGCGGGAAAGGACCGGUCGAGAUUCCAGUCCGGGAACCGGAGGCCUGCGGAAGACGAGAUGGGAUUGACAACGGUGGUCCAGGGUAAAGAUAGCCAGGUUAGCGUGGGGAUGAGGACGGAUCAAGAGAGCUUGGAGAGUACACGGAACGGGAGUGGGAUCACGGUGUCGAAGGAGUUCGCGUGGGGUGAGAAUACGCAUGCUCGGUGAGAGAGGGGAGGGAGAACGCCAGGAGAGACCUGACGCGUGUGCCAGGCCACACGACAUCCAGUGCUGCAUGAGCAAAAUUCAAAGCAUGCUGCGGCGAAAGAGGCGUAUCGUUUGUUCACGAAGGCAAGAAGCGUGGCGUUUGGGAGUCCAGUCAUGGGAGGUAUCUGCAUGCCUAUCAUAGAGCCCUUUGGGGCGAUUUCGGUCAGCCUACUGGUAGGCUUUAGCGACUUCAUAUUGACUAUAGAGUAUGAUCUACUCUGCUCAGCUAUUCCCGCAAAGCCGCUACGCUGUAUGCUCUCCUCUCGGCUUUGGUACUGACUUUUAGGUAUGAGACAGUCGGUUUUCGUAUCAUGUUCGAAAUGUCCAUUUCCUAGACAGCGGUAUUCCGACCU